GAAAAAAAACCGACCAACCGUUGAACCUUUCUCCUUGCAAUGGCUUUACAUCGCUGAAACACUAUCCUCUUGGACCUGCAAAUUACCAGUAAUCUUUGUUUCCUUUCUUUCAGAAUUUUCACUGUUGCCUCUUCGCUAUCAGAUUCAUGGACGCCAUUACUUGUACAACAAAGCAACUAAUUCAUCACACAACUGUAAAUUAUCGGCCAUGUCUUUUGUCUUCAAUGGUGUCUCACUCGCCACUGGUUUUCGUCGGUUGGAAUGCUCGGCGUCGUGAAAUCUCCAAGCUCUCUGAAGUCUCAGUUCCAUGGCUCAGGAAUCCGAAGCUGGCGCCCAAGUCUUCCGACGAGAACAAGGAUAUUUUGCCCUCAGAAGAUGACCCUGAAGACGGAGUCUCGCUUGGGACCAUGAAAUUGCCAUCGGACAUUGACAUUGCGCGAUUCGAGGUCUUACUCUUCCAGUGGGCCAAUAGUCUUUGCCAGGGAGCUAACCUGCCGCUUCCAGUGCCUUUGAGGAGAUGGAGCAACUGAAAACCGCAGACAAAAUUUGUGGUGAUGGAGUAGAUAAUGGUUUUGAUGCCAUUGUUGUGGGGUCAGGAUAUGGUGGUUCUGUUGCUGCAUGUCGAAUGUCUAUGGCAGGAAUAAAGGUAUGUUUACUUGAGAAAGGACGUAAAUGGGAAUCUCAGGAUUUUGCUACUGACAGCAAGAAAAUAACUUCAGCCGUGAGGAUGGAAAAUCGCAAUUUAGGCUUAAGCUUUGGUCCGAAAGAUGCAUUAUUCCAGGUAUUCGAACAGAAUGAUUCUCUAGCUACUGUGGCCUGUGGGCUAGGGGGAGGUUCACUAGUGAAUGCUGGAGUGAUGCUUCCAACUCCAGUUCGCGUUAGAAGGAAUCCAAACUGGCCAAAAGAAUGGGAGAGUGAUUGGUAUUUCUGUGAAGCUGCUGCCGCAGCCAUGUUGAAGGUACAAAGGGCUCCCACCAAGUUUCCUUCUGCCAAAGUUUUAGAAGAAAUUUUUGACGAAGAGAUUGAAGGGAGUUUUGAGUCUUCAGUGAAUCUUAGCAUUAACUUCGAUCUUGAGGAAUCACUGUCUAAUUCGAUGAAGGUCCAACAGAGGGGUAACUGCUUAGCUUGCGGAAAUUGCAUUGCCGGAUGCCCUUAUAAUGCAAAGAGUUCAACAGACAAAAAUUAUUUAUUGACAGCCGUCCAGGCAGGAUGUGAGGUUCAUACUGCAAGUCAAGUUCAGUAUGUCGUUAAAAAUUGUAUUGAUCAAGAAGGAAGAACCUCCCGAAAAAGAUGGUCUGUUUACUUGAAUGAGACUGACUUUCUAACCUGUGAUUUUGUAAUCAUCUCGGCUGGAGUUUUUGGUACAACUGAGAUACUCUUUCGUUCUCAAAUGAGAGGUUUAAAAGUUUCUGAAGCCAUUGGCUGUGGAUUUAGCUGUAAUGGAAAUGCUGUAGCCUAUCUUGCUGGGAGUCCAGCACCCUUGAAUGCUUAUGGGUUAGGUAAAGAGCAGCUACGGAAGAAAGCUUUUCAUGAACGGCCAGGACCAUCUAUCUCUUCUUCUUACACUACUUCGUUGGGAUUUACAAUUCAGAGUGCUGUACUUCCUUCUGCUUAUCCUAACCUGCUUUUUAAAGGAAUUACAACUUAUGGAUGGCCCAAUGGCUACUGGUUCUUCCACGGGAUUUUAGAUAGGUUGAAACAAAUUCUGAGCUUCAAAGCCAGCCAAGCAAUUGUUCUGAAUGCAAUGGGAUACGACGAGAGUGAUGGGAAAAUUAUGUUGCAAAGGGACACAGAUAAGAUGUCAUUUUUUCCACCUCUUGAUCCUUUACUUCCACAGAAAAUAAAUGUCUUUCAAAGAAUCACAAAAAAAUUAGGGGGAAUUCUUUUCAUUUCAAAUUACCGUAGUGCAUCAGUUCACCAUUUAGGUGGGUGCAAUGUGGCAUCCGAUCCUUCUCGCGGAGUUUGCAAUGCCAGUGGUCAGGUGUUUGACCCUACCAAGAAUCCUGCUUCUGUUCAUCCAGGUCUUUAUGUUUGUGACGCUUCAUUGAUUCCAUGUUCUGUUGGUGUAAAUCCAUCUUUUACCAUCACAAUUGUUUCUGAACAUGUAAGCAAGCAUCUUGUGAGUGAUAUUCUCAAGUAUAAGAGCCAACAGGGCAUCGAACUUUCUGCUAUCAAUGAUGAUAAGCAUUCUGUCUACAAGACAAAUAUAAAUAGAUUCCAGAGACCAAUAGUGAUGGUUAAAGAAACCAUGAGGGGUUAUGUGGGAGGAAUGCCUUGCACGGUUUUUCUCAGUAUGAAAAUGAACUCCGAGGGUCAGAAAGACAUCUAUGAAUCAAAAGAAAGUCUUGGAGAAUGUCAUCCACUACUUAGAGGUAAAGUUGGUGGACAUGUGGAAUUUCGGGCCAUUGAGAAGAAUAAUUUAUACAUUAUCGAUGGGGAAGUAAAUUUGUGUGACACAGAUUCUCGAACCCCCUUCACUCAGUAUAUGAAUUAUCAUCUUCUCCUUGCAGCUUCUUCUGGAUCAAGGUAUAUUCUGAAGGGGAAAAAGACUUUGAAUCCUUAUCUCUUUGGUUUAUAUGCUUGGAGAGAGACAACAACUCUACAUGUGAAAGUUGAAAAAGUUGCUGAAAACAGUUCAAUGAAUGACAUGGCCAUUUUAGAAGGGGAACUUAGCAUCUCUAUAUUAGAAGUUCUGAAGAGUUUCUUAAGCCUCAAGGGAGAAAAAACAGGACAGUUUAUUUCUCUUCUAUUAAAGACUCUUGUGAGAACCUAUAUCUUGCAGAUACCACGGAUUAUUCUCAAAAACUCAACACCAUUGGGGUGCUUAAAAAACCCCUAUGAAUAUGGUUCUCGUUAUGAAAUCGCAACAGAAGAUGGAAUUAUCAUCAGUUGCGUAAAAUUCAGCUGUGCCCAAUAUUCAUCAAGGGUUCAAGGAGAAAAACAACUAUAUCCAGUUCUCCUAGUUAAUGGCUAUUCUAUAGAGAGUUACUGUCUGCCAACAGAACCCACUGAUUUAGCCAGAACUUUACUUGGAGAAGGGCAUGAUAUUUGGCUGUUGCAAUCAAGAUUACACCCUCUGAAUCCUUCUAAUGACUUCACAAUAGAAGAUAUUGGCAGAUUUGACAUCCCUGCUGCAAUCAACAAGAUCCUUGAAAUUGAUGGGUCAUGCAGAAAGGUACACAUUGUUGCACACUGUGUUGGAGGCUUGGUAUCACACAUUUCUCUCAUGGGAGGACAUGUCUCCAAUGCCUGUGUGGCCUCUCUAUCUUGUACCAACUCUUCCAUGUUUUUCAAGCUGACUGUUUCAUCAAUGGUCAAAAUGUGGCUUCCUCUGAUCCCAAUAUCCAUGGCUAUACUUGGCAAGAACAAAAUCCUCCCUCUUUUGGGAACAUCAAGUAUCAGCACAAGACAUCAGGUCCUAAAAUUGAUAUCCCGUUUGCUACCGCGGUACGAGAGAUGCACCUGCAAUGAAUGUGAAGUCUUCUCUGGCAUAUUUGGCAAUGCAUUUUGGCAUGAAAACGUGAGCCCUUCUCUUCAUCACUGGCUAUACAAGGAAAGCGCCACGCUACUCCCCAUGGCAGCAUUUCCUCACCUCAGAAAAAUCUGCAAUGCCGGUUUCAUUGUCGACAACAGAGGGAACAACAAUUACUUGAUACAUCCAGAGAGAAUGGCACUCCCAACGUUAUAUAUAUCCGGUGGACGGAGCCUUCUCGUGAGUCCUCGCACUUCCUUCUUGGCCAACAAAUACAUGAAGCUGCACCAGCCAACAUUUAGACAUGAAAGGGUGGUUGUGGAUGGUUUUGGGCAUUCUGAUCUAUUGAUUGGAGAAAAGUCUUGUAAGGAAGUAUUCCCCCACAUUCUGUCGCAUAUAAAACUUGCUGAAAAAGAAGGUGCAGCCACUGGUGAUGCCAAGAAGAGAUACAGUAGGAAGGCACUGUCAUGGAGUGAAGAUCCACAUGAUGGAUAUGGGGGCUUUGCUACUUGGUUUUCCCCUUGGGUUAUUACUUGGUUGUUCUUCUGUCUUUUGCUUUUUCUAUUAAUUUCUUUUAACCAAUAGUUCCAGUUGGUCUUCCGUUAGUUUGAAAUUAUUUUAUUUUUUAUUUUUAUUGUUUUAAUACAACAAUAUGCGGUGGUGAUGAUUCGAACUCACGCAUUUUAGCUGGAGUUAUGUUUGGGUUGACAUUGAUGUUUUUUCUUUUCUUUUUAUAGUACAACAGGGAAUUGAAUUCA